CAGCAAAUCGCAAAAGAAAAAUAAGCGCUGAAGGCAACACCACGCAAAAAUUUGCUCACCAGGAGAAAGCAAUUUUCACUGCCUUCAAAACCCAUUUUUCGAUGCGUUUGGCGGUUCCCAAUUUGUUCCAAAACGUCCGCAACCGUGCCCUGGCGCCGAUUCCGAUGAAGUACGGUCCCGAAUCCGCGCUUUAGACAGUGAAAUAGGUGCGUUUGUGAUUUUUCCCCGGGGAGCUAACUCCGCUGCAAGAGAAAGAUGGCGUCCAUCGUAGCAGCGAGUUGGCUACACCACCUCGAAAAUCUGGAGCAAUCGCAGCAAACGGUGGAACAGUGCAACGUUGCUGCCGGGGUGGUGUCGGUGGCGGUGGCUUGACUUGUCUUGGGGGUAGUUCCGCGGAGUGGCACAUUGCGAUCGAAACCGUGGGAUAGAUCGAGUUCUUGUGUGAAUUUAUCGGAACAGGGAAUAGUGUUUUGAAUAGUGGGGGUAGUGAAGCCAAAACUUGAAACGAUUGCGCAAAGUUUGUUUUUGUUGUCAUUAGGAAGAAAGAGGCGAACGCCGCCGGUCGACGCGAAGUGAUUUGGGUUAGAUUUGUGAAGCGUUGGAAAGUGAACUCCCGAACGAACGGAUAUGUCCAGUUCGGUUUUUAAGGUUUAUCCGUCGUCGCCCACAUCGGUUCAGGAGGCGGAGGAGGACGGUGUUCUGAGUGGUCCGGAGAGAGUAGCUUCUGGGGACGAUCCGACGAACCGAGAUACCGAAGCGUUGCAGCCUGCGUCGGUCGAUGAACAUCUUAAAAUCGAUUCCAAUCUUGUGAUUGUGGUUGGAAAGGAUGGAAGUGUGCAUGUGGAUCAAAAAACGCUGCAUAGUUUGCUCGCACAAGAAACGAAUGACACAUCGGUGAGCGUUGUGCAGAUAACUUCGCCAACACCCAGUAUAGAGGCAGAAAUUGAGGAUGAACGAAAGUUGCUGGAAGAGCAAAAACUCCAAAAUGAACUCGAAUCUGGUACGGGAUCUAGCGACAGCGAUUCAGUUGAUUCAGCAGAGCCGUCAAAUGCUGCCUCAACAGCCGGCGCGUCCAAGAACGAACCAAACCCAACGGGGGCGGGCUCAAGCGGAGUGACCACCAGAAGAGGUAACAGAUCUGCGGCUGCCAAAAAGGAGGACGUAAUGCUAGACGAUGGGGAGAUUCCGCAUGUUAGUAUGGUGGUAGAAGGAUUUUAUCCUCCCAGCGAAGCGCGGACAUUUGCCGAAGAAGUGCUCACCUUGGCCGGAUUGCGCAAGCCACUGCAUGUGGAAACUCGAAUCGAUUAUGAAUUCCAGCGAUACGUUGUGGCCAACGACCAUUGCUAUACUCCGCUAACAUCGCCGAGUCAAAAAUUGCCACCGCGUCCGUACUACGAGGAUUUGGAUUCACCAGUCGAAGUCCGGCCCAGCGACGAUACUUUGUCUACUGAUGCCCAAAAUGUGCAACAACCUGUAGAAGGAACCAGUGGAACUAGCCGGAAAAGAACCACCAGUAAGGUCUUUGCAUCAACAUCAACAUCGACCAGUAAAUCGCGGCGUAAGAAAUCUUUCAGCAAGGAAGAGAUCAAUGACGCUGAAGAUCUUAAAAAUAUUCUGGAAGACUCAUCCGACUCGGAUUAUUCAGCUGAGAGUUCAUAUCCAGAGGAGGAUGAUAAUGAUAGCGAUUAUGAUUACAACAUAACCGGGAGAACACCGAAGAAGCGUAAAUCCAUUUCACAAAGUAAACCAAAAAGCGCGUCUAAGAGAGAUGACUCGCUCGAACUUGCUAAAAAGAAAACUAAAUCACCCAAGAAAUUCGAACCGAAAACUCCCACUUCAAUGCUCAACAAAGCGGGAGGAGUUCCGAGAACGUACGGUUCGAAACGCAACUUACAGAAUGUACAAGUUUCCACGCCCCCACAAACACCUCCAAUUAUUGUCCCCGCAAUUUCUUCUCCCGCUGCUGUUUCUGCACCCGCGCCUGUAACAGUAACCAUUAUCAAGAAAGAUCACAAGAAACCAGUCAAACCAGCCCCUCACGUUGAAGCAUUGUUCAGUGAUAUGUCGUCACUGUUUUCGACACCGGAUAUCAUUAAAAAGGUCGGCCCCGGAGCGGGCCGUGCUACUUCGCAUGUCAUCACCGCUACUACGACUCCUGUGAUAACGCCCAGCACUUCAAACACAAUCCGAGUGAUUACGCAAGGCCCCUCGAAUAUGGUCCGAGUUGUAACGCCAAGCACAUCAAACACAAUUCGAGUUGUGCCGCCAAGUUUACCGAACACGGUUAGAGUGGUGACGUCUAAUCCAUCGAACACGGUUCGAGUGGUGUCGUCCAAUGCCAAUCCGUCGAACACGGUUCGAGUGGUGACGUCCAACCCGUCGAACACAAUUCGAGUGGUUGCACCUAGCGCAUCGAAUACGAUCCGAGGCUUCGUACAGCUCUCACCAGCUACAGUCCGUGGAACACAAAAGCUGCCUGCUCACAUUUCUAUACAAACCCACACAAGCGCUUCCGAAGAACACGAUAAACGAUUUGAUCUCAUUGAUUCGAUUGUUCAGCAAGAACUGAACCAUCCGGAUCCUAAACUUCCGCCACAACCACCUUCUCAGCCCACCAUGACGGAGGAUAUUGUGAAAAUGUUGGAAAAUAACCUCCCUCCUGGUGGUGUUCAAGAGUCCGUUCUCCCUAUUACAGACAACAGUAUUUUGGCCGCUCUCGGCUCCAACGACGAUGGUCUUCCGGAAGAUCUCCUUCAACACGUUGCCGAGCUUGCCGAACAUAAAGAACUUCAAGAAAUUCUAGAUAAACAAAUCUUAGGGGUCAUAGGAACGGAUACUCCAAUUGCUUCUAUUGCUCCUCUGCCGACACCAUCAACAUCCACGAUGAUUCCAAUCCCAGUUAGCCAGCAAGCUCCCACCCCCAAUACGCCUCAGAGCAUUCCUCCAUCCACUGCAAAUCCAGAAUCCUUACCAACCAUGACCGUGAAGGAGCAGCUUAUGCCGCGAAAGGAAGCUAUCCAAAUUCGACGAAGCGAUGGACGAAUCAUCACUCUGCCGCCCAUCGAAGCUCCUGCAACCCGGUCUGCAAAGCGCCGAGCUCAAGCUGGUAGCAGCUCCAGUCCCUCGAGCACACCGGUGGCCACUUCGUCGCACACUGCCACUGCUCCUUCAGUUGCUUCCUCUCCAUCUUCCUCCGCGUAUCACAGCACCAAACCCUCGAAACAGUCGACUAAGGCGACCGCCGGAGCUACCUCCUACGAUGACGGAUCCGGUAGUCUAAUGAUCGACGAGUCACGGAGCAAAGGAGGAAACCGUAGCGGAACAUCCAGCCGGCGAACCUCGGAAUCGUCUAACACGUCGGGCCGCGGUAAACGACAGAGCACGGCGUCCGCCGCCGCUGCAGUGGUAGCAGCCGCAGUCGACGAUGAUGCAGAAUCGGACAAGAGCUGGAACUCGGAAGACGAUCCGGACAGAUUAUGGUGCAUAUGUAAGCAGCCUCAUAACAAUCGGUUUAUGAUCUGCUGUGACACCUGUGAGGAGUGGUUCCACGGCAAAUGUGUCAACAUAACCAAGGCCAUGGGUCAGCAGAUGGAGGAAGACGGGGUUGAGUGGAGCUGUCCCAAUUGCUCGAAGAAGAAGCAGGAAAAACAACAACCAAAGAUGACAGAUUUUCUGGUGUCUAGUAGCAGUGCGACAAGCAUCAGCACGGCAGUUGCAGCCGGAACGGCUACCGCGAAUCCACCGAAGGUGGUUGCGGUUUCCAUUUCAGGAUGCGUCGUAUGCAGCAAUGUGUCGAAGCCAAACUCUGUUUACUGCAGCGAUGAGUGCAUCCGGAAACAUGCCGGAAUGGCAAAUAGCUCGGUGGCUACAACGACACCCUUGUCGUCCACGGCAUCGUCUCCAUCCCAGGGUACAGCAGGUGGCAUGAUGGCCAAAGAAAAACAAAAGGCCCCGGAAACCGGACAAAGUAAAGCUCCACUCGUUAUCUCUAAAUCUCAACAUUUGAUUGUUAUGGAACGAAAAACUGGACGUUGCUUAGCUGGCUCAAGCGCCCCCAAGCUGGAGAAUCUCAAGGAAUGGCUUUCGGAAAAUCCUACGUUUGAGGUCGUUGCACCGGGAAGUCCCCAAGCGGCCAUCAUUCUUGCCAGACAAGCCGAAUUACGCAAGAUGCAAUUAGCCAAAGAAGCGCAAAGAAAAACUGCAGCCCAAUCCAUGAGUGCGGGACACAGUUCAGGUGGUAAAAUUCAAGCGCAACUGAAGAUAACUGACCAGAGAAAACUGAGUUUGACCUCCGCUUCUCCGAGUCAGCCAAAACCACAAGCACAACUUUCGUCAAAACCACCGGUGAAGACUUUCUCAAGGGUGCUUUCUGGUACUCCAGCUUCAAAAGCUCACUCAGCAACAUCUAUCACAAAAUCCGCAGCAACCACACCGAAAACGCCAGGGAGCAGUACGCCUAGUUCAAGUGGAAGCGAACAAAGUAGCAGGCUUCCUCGGAAGUCUCCCUCUGAACCGAAAGUGACGACCAAACAAACUGCUGCUCCAGCUGGAGAAAACAUCCGAGAGACAGUGAAGAAAACUCUGAAGGAACAUCUCAUACAAAGGUCAACGGAAAUAACUGAAAAGAACGUAGCCCGACUCGCCGAGUCGGAGAUUGAAAAAUUCGCAGCGGAAAUCGAGGAGGAAAUGUUUGCACUCUUCAACAAAGAUACCGGCGCAAAAUACCGUGCCAAGUAUCGAUCGUUGGUUUUCAACAUCAAGGACCGCAAAAAUCUGUCACUAUUUCAGAAGAUUUGCGAGAAGCGAAUUGAGGCGAAGCAAUUGGUACGUAUGACACCGGAGGAAUUGGCCAGUCAGGAACUGGCUCAAUGGCGUGAGAACGAGAACAAACAUCAAUUGGAGAUGAUCAAGAAAUCGGAACUGGAUCUUUUGGCAUGCGCAAAGAAUUAUGUUCUUAAAACCCAUAAAGGAGAAGAGGUCAUCGAAGGGAAACGCAAUGACCGAUUGCAACUGGAUCCAACAACUGCCGUUGAGGAUGUGGUGGCAGUGCUGAACAACUCUACCGUUAGCAGCACCAGCGAGGUGGACAGCACGCUUUCGCCUUCGGUAGACAAUUACCGGAAGGAUUACGACUUCCAUGGGAAGUAUACGAGUGGGCUCUACAGCAGUGGACCCAUCACUAGUUCCACCGCGUCGGGCUCGAGUUCCACUGCCACCGGCAGUGCGCCAGCAGGAUCGUCAUCCGCACCUUCCUCGGUUAAGAAGAAGGAAUCGAGACGCAGUCGCAGCAGAAGUCGAAGCCGUGACAGGAACAAGGAACGAUCCAGAAGUCGUUCGAAACAUAAACGUCGUCGCAGUAGAAGCCACGAACGAAGAAGCAGAUCUCGCGAGCGGGACCGAGAUCGUCAUCAUCGCGAUCACAAGGCUGAUUACCAGAGGUCCGACAGUAAAACCGAACACAAGUCAGUGCAUCACAAGUCUGAGCACAAAAAGCACGAUUCCAGGGAGAAGUCUGUUAGCGAUAAGUUGAAGGAGGAAGCCUCUUCGAGUAUUCCCUUCGAUCGAAGCGAAGCUCUCGGAAAAUCUGUGGAAGUCGACAGGCAGCUCAAGAAACCGGAAAACAAACCUCAGGCGGUGGAGAGUUUUAAUUUGAUCGACAAGAUUUUAUCUUCCGGCAGUAGUGGAAAACCGAGUGAAGUGGUCGAUAAAAGUAGCAAAUCUGAUACUGAUGAACCCAACCUUGUACUCCCCGUUGAGCAAGACCAAGAACCAACCAGUACAGUUACGAUUCCAACACCUCCACAUUCCACCAGCUUUGACAACGAAUCUCCGACGAACGAAUUUUCGUCUCCCGAGUCGGAUGAUAAUCGCAAAAUGGCACUGAAGGUCUACUGGACCGGUAAUGUCCACAUGAUUGAUGUCGCCUCGGUGCAAAUGUCCAUUCGUUCGGUAAGCGGAGACAUAGAAGAUAUUUCUAAAGAGUUCCCUGAAGAUUUGGAAAUUUGCGGCACGAUAAAGCCGGAACUGGUUUGGAAUUAUAUCGGACAGAUAAAAAGGCAAAACAACAAGGAAAUUUGUUUGGUCAGAUUCCAUUCCAAUGAGAGUGCAGCGUACUACGAACUUUACACACGUUUAUUCAAACGGGAGAGAUGUGGCGUGUUAAAAUCUCUCACGCCAGCUAUCAAGGAUUUUUAUAUUUGUCCGUUGCCGUCGGAAAAGAUGAUUCCCAUGAUUUUGAAACCGCUGCGGGGUGUUGGUAUAAUUGAAGGCGAUAAAAAACCGGACCUUCUACUGGGGAUCAUUGUUAAAAUCAAAGCAACAUCAUCUACUAGCACGGUGACACAGGCUCCUCGCCGUCAAACGAAAGCAACAGCUAGCAGUAGUUCAACUGCGGUUUCUCCGUCAUUUGCUCUGAUGCAGCAAGUUAUUACAAAAUAUGCAACGGUAAACAAGAAGGUUCUGAAACCGGAGUCUGAAACGGUCAGUAGUUCACCUUCUGGAAGUCCAGGAUCGCCGCCACCAUCAACCUCGUCAUCCUCCCUUGCCAGCGCUUCAACAAAGCCAGAGUCCAAGACGAGAACUUUGUCGGAAUCUUCCGACCAUGGGGAAAUAGACAUGAACAUCAUAAAGGCACCGAUUGUGGCCAAAGCAGCUCCAGCAAAGGAGCCGAUCGCAGCGGUAGUGAUCGACGACGAUGAUGACGAGCCAUAUUCACCCGGCGGUGUAAGCGAUGACAGUGACCACUUUGCCGAUGUUACCGCCAUUGUUGAAACGAAAGCUCCACCCACUUUGGAUUUCGAAACGGAACUAGAUGAACUGAAUAGGAAAAUUGCGGAAGAAAAAAGUGAAAUUGUGGGAAUUAUAAAUAAGGCAGAACUAAAGGAAGAGGAGAUUAAAUCAACACUAGACCCCUCGUUGAUAACAGAUAUUGCUAUUCCAUCAAAUUUAUCGGAAAUAUUAGCCAGUAUAAAGAGCACAUCUGCAGUAGAUAUGUUGAAGGUUGGAUCCGAGAAGGACACGGAUGAUGAAUACGUGCCAUCAGCAGUCUACUCCGGCUACAAAUCCGGCUACGGCUAUGGGACCGGUAAAUCGCGCACCGGUAUUUCAGAAUCGACAAACCCCAGUACCAGUCGGCUGGCGAAGUUGACUGAAGAGGAACUGCUUCGCAUGGUUCCCGACGAUAGCUACCUUCAGCCAACUUCUGCUAAGAAGUCUACUUCUUCGGUUGUGAACUUGACUAGCGAUGAUUCGGUUCCAUUAGCAAAAAAGCCCAAGUGGGAAUCUAGUGAACCGCCUCCCCCUGGUUUGGAGGGUGUCACGGAUGAAUAAUAAUUGAGGCAGAAAUAUAGUAAAAUUGACGAUAUGACUACGAUAGAGAGAAAGCGUAAAAUAUAUUUAUAUCCCUUAUGACAAGGAUUCAUUUGAAAACAACAGCUCUAUAAAUCGCUUUCAUGUUCAUAGUAUGUGCAAAUGCUAAAUAUUAACAACAUAAUUUGCUGUAAUCUACUCCUGUGUUAUGAGUAGUCCAUAAUGAAAUUAUUAAAAUAGUUAAUAAUCAGAUCGUAAAUUAUGGAUCACGAUCUACUAAAUAAGAUAUCAAAUAUUCAAAUCUUUGGAUGUAUGAAAAUGCAUAAUCGUAGAAUUGGCUGGAAUGUUUACAACUCAAUUCUAAGUUGCAUACCGUUUUGGUUUCAAUCUUGUUGACUGUAACUGGAACAAACUCUAGCGCUCCCUUGUAGAUUUGAAACGUUUGCUAUUUGCAACUAUUCAUUUUAACACAUUCUAGUUUUUAUUUGCUUCGAUGCACCUUUGGAAAUUAUUCGGCUUUAAUGGACUAUUUAAUUCUGAAUUAAAAGCAAAAAAAGAUCAUCUAGCCAUUCAAAUUGGUAUUGUAUAGAAACAUGUUUAAUAUAUGCGUAUUGUAGAAAAUAAAUUAAGUAAGGGCAUUUAUUUAUGUAAGGUAAAUCCAGAGGUAAAGAAUCAUAGCACUUUUUGGCGCAAAAUUUCCCCUUUUGACUUGUUAUAGUCAAGAUUUUGGAGUACAGGUGUAUAUCGGAAAAAAUGUACAAAAUUUGGCUCGAUUCGAGCGGCAGUAAUGUUAACUUAUUAAUAUGUUCUAUGUACAUGUUCAAAUAAAAAUGUGUGUAAUGAUAAAUGGAAUUAUGAAAAAUAAACUAGAUUGCUUAAACCAUCCCAA